GUGGGGGGCCGAGGCGCGAGUGCAGGCGGCCGCCGCGCGCGCCGCGCCGUGACGAGCGGGCGGAGGGCACACGGUCUGCGCCGAGCCCGCACGGUCACGGGGGGUGGGAGGGGGGGCGAGCGCCGGAGGAGUCUGACCUCCCGCCCGGGCCGCUCGAUGAACCUCUAGUCUUGCUUUGAAAAAAGCUAUUUUGUGUAACUCUUGACUGUGAAUAAAUUUCUAAUACACACCCGUUGGAAUCAUCACUGGACAAGUGUGCCAUUUGAGAGGCCCUUUACCUGGUCAAACACUGGGGAUUAGGAAGAGAGGUCUUUCUGUUUUUUUGUUGUUUUUCCCCAUAAUCAUUAUGAGCAUUGGCGUUCCACCCUUGAAGUAAACAUGUUGAAAGCUGAGUCUUCAGGUGAACGAACCACUCUCAGAAGUGCCUCUCCUCACAGGAAUGCAUACAGAACAGAGUUCCAGGCACUGAAAAGUACUUUUGACAAACCCAAGUCAGAUGGGGAACAGAAAACGAAAGAAGGUGAGGGCUCCCAGCAGAGCAGGGGUAGGAAGUAUGGUUCCAAUGUCAACAGAAUAAAAAACCUAUUUAUGCAGAUGGGUAUGGAACCCAGUGAGAAUGCUGCUGUCGUUGCCAAAACGAGGGGGAAAGGUAGGCCGUCAUCCCCUCAGAGAAGAAUGAAGCCCAAAGAGUUUGUGGAGAGAACGGAUGGUUCUGUGGUGAAGUUGGAGUCCUCUGUCUCUGAACGAAUUAGUAGAUUUGACACAAUGCAUGAUGGCCCUUCGUAUGCUAAGUUCACAGAGACUCGAAAGAUGUUUGAGAGAAGUGUGCAUGAGUCAGGGCAAAAUAAUCGCUAUUCCCCAAAGAAAGAGAAAGGUGGAGGGACUGAACCACAGGAUGAGUGGGGUGGCUCCAAGUCCAAUAGAGGCAGCAGUGAUUCCUUGGACAGCCUGAGCCCCCGGACAGAAGCUGUCUCUCCAACGGUGAGUCAACUGAGUGCAGUGUUUGAGAACAGUGAGUCUCCAGGUGCCAUUGCUUCUGGGAAGGCUGAGAGCAGUGACUACUCGGUGACUGGACACUACCCCCUGAAUUUACCAUCUGUUACCGUAACCAAUCUGGAUACCUUUGGCCGUCUCAAGGAUUCUAAUUCGAAGCCUUCAUCAAACAAACAAGAUACUGAUACAGAGGAUCCUCAGAAAAGUGAUGCUGUGCCAGUACCGGAAGUGGCUCAGAAAGGUACCUCUUUAGCUUCAUUGCCUAGUGAAGAGAGCCAGCUGAGCACAGAAGCCGAGGACGUCACAGCUCAACCAGAGGCUCUGGACAGCACUGAUAAAGAUAGUCCUGAGGAACCCUCUGCUGAAAACCAGGCAAUGCCAAAGUCUAAUAUCCUUUCACCACAGAACGAGCCGUUAGAAGAUGCUGAAGCUAAUGUGGUUGGGAGCGAGACAGUUCAGCCACAGAAGAAAGACCUGACAGGUGGUGACCUAACAUCCCCUGAUGCUUCUGCAUCCAGCUGUGGAAGAGAAGGACCCGAAGACUCAAACAGUUUUGAGAGUUCCCAUGUAUACAUGCACAGUGACUAUAAUGUGUAUAGGGUGAGAUCCAGGUAUAACUCAGACUGGGGAGAGACGGGCACCGAGCAAGAUGAGGAGGAAGACAGUGACGAGAACAAUUACUAUCAGCCCGAUAUGGAAUACUCGGAGAUAGUUGGCUUGCCGGAAGAAGAAGAAAUCCCAGCAAAUAGGAAAAUUAAGUUUAGUUGUGCUCCGAUUAAGGUUUUCAACACAUACUCCAAUGAAGACUAUGACAGAAGAAACGAUGACGUUGACCCUGUGGCUGCAUCUGCUGAGUAUGAGCUUGAAAAGCGAGUAGAAAAGCUGGAACUUUUCCCGGUGGAACUGGAGAAAGAUGAGGAUGGACUCGGCAUAAGCAUUAUUGGAAUGGGUGUUGGUGCUGAUGCUGGGCUGGAGAAGCUGGGGAUAUUUGUCAAGACAGUGACUGACGGAGGUGCUGCUCAGCGAGAUGGCAGGAUCCAAGUCAAUGACCAGAUUGUGGAAGUGGAUGGAAUCAGCCUGGUGGGGGUCACACAGAAUUUUGCUGCAACUGUUCUGCGGAAUACCAAGGGAAACGUCAGAUUCGUUAUUGGACGAGAAAAACCAGGACAAGUGAGUGAGGUUGCCCAGUUGAUCAGCCAGACCCUGGAACAAGAGCGGCGGCAGCGGGAGCUUCUGGAGCGUCACUAUGCCCAGUAUGAUGCUGACGAUGAUGAGAACACUGUGGCUGAAUUGCAAGGAAUGUCUGGCAACUGCAAUAACAAUAACAACCGUUUCCUUAAGACUGGAGAAUAUGCCACUGAUGAAGAAGAGGAUGAGGUCGGGCCCAUUCUUCCUGGUGGUGACAUGGCCAUUGAAGUCUUUGAGCUCCCUGAGAACGAGGACAUGUUUUCCCCAUCUGACUUGGACACAAGCAAGCUCAGUCACAAGUUCAAAGAGUUGCAAAUCAAACAUGCAGUUACAGAAGCAGAGAUUCAAAAAUUGAAGACCAAGCUGCAAGCAGCAGAAAAUGAGAAAGUAAGGUGGGAACUGGAAAAGAGCCAACUGCAGCAGAAUAUAGAAGAGAAUAAAGAGAGGAUGCUGAAGUUGGAGAGCUACUGGAUUGAGGCUCAGACAUUAUGUCACACAGUGAACGAGCAUCUCAAAGAGACUCAAAGCCAGUACCAGGCCCUGGAAAAGAAGUACAACAAAGCAAAGAAGUUGAUCAAAGAUUUUCAACAAAAAGAGCUCGAUUUCAUCAAGAGACAGGAAGUAGAAAGAAAGAAGCUGGAGGAAGUGGAAAAGGCUCACCUGGUUGAAGUCCAAGGCCUGCAAGUUCGGAUUAGAGAUUUGGAGGCUGAGGUGUUCAGACUACUAAAGCAAAAUGGGACCCAGGUUAACAACAACAACAACAUCUUUGAGAGAAGACCAUCUCCCGGGGAAGUCUCUAAAGGAGACACUAUGGAGAAUGUGGAAGUCAAGCAAACAUCCUGUCAGGAUGGCUUGAGCCAAGACUUGAAUGAAGCAGUCCCAGAGACAGAGCGCCUGGAUUCGAAAGCAUUGAAAACUCGGGCCCAGCUCUCUGUGAAGAACAGGCGCCAGAGGCCCACAAGGACACGGCUGUAUGACAGCGUCAGCUCAACUGAUGGGGAGGACAGCCUGGAGCGGAAGGGUUGGAGAGUUUCUUCUCCAGAAUCAGAGUGUGGUGUUGCCCUCCUCACCCCCGUGACAAGCCCUAGGGCCUUCUCAUCCCACCACGUGACCGAGUCUCCAGGAGGAUCACAACAGCCAGAAAGGGACCCUUUCUCCUCUGUCUCGGGAGACACUUCACCCUCCUCGCCUUCAGCAUCUGAUCAUGAUGCAGAGGACUCUCCUUGCUGCCACCAAGCCACCGAGAAAGCAUUACAAGAGAAAGACGAUGACAAUUGUCCUAAAUCACUAAGAACAUCCAGUUCAUUCAUGGCACAAAGAGGAAAAAUUAAGCAAAAGUUUGCGGGUCUGGGGGCACCUUUGCGAAGGAAUCCCAACAAGGGCAAGAAAUGGAAAGAAAAAGAAAAGGAAGCCAGUAGGUUUUCUGCUGGUAGCAGAAUCUUCAGAAGCAAGUUGGAAAACUGGAAAGCCAAACCAACCUCUGCAGCACAGGCCUCCCCCCGCUCUCCUUGCAUGCCUUUCUCAUGGUUUAAUGAAAGCCGGAGAGGAUCUUAUUCCUUCAGGAACCUGCCUUCAGCUCCAAGUCCCCUUCAGCCUUCUCCUGAGACUCAAAUUUCAGAUAAAACAGGGUCCAAGAAUUUCACCUUCAAUGAUGACUUCAGUCCAAGCAGUACCAGUUCAGCAGACCUGAGUGGCUUAGGAGCAGAACCCAAAACGCCAGGGCUCUCCCAGUCCUUGGCACUGUCCUCGGAUGAGAGCCUGGAUAUGAUAGAUGACGAGAUCCUUGAUGAUGGGCAGUCUCCUAAACACACUCAGAGUCAGAAUCGGGCCGUUCAUGAAUGGAGUGUGCAGCAGGUUUCACACUGGUUAAUGAACCUAAAUCUGGACCAGUAUGUGUCUGAAUUCAGUGCCCAGAACAUCAGUGGGGAACAGCUGCUGCAGCUGGAUGGAAAUAGACUGAAGGCUCUUGGAAUGACAUCAUCCCAGGACCGGGCACUGGUUAAAAAAAAACUGAAGGAAAUGAAGAUGUCUCUCGAGAAGGCUCGCAAGGCCCAAGAGAAAAUGGAAAAACAAAGAGAAAAGCUGAGGAGGAAGGAACAAGAGCAAAUGCAGAGGAAGUCUAGAAAGUCAGAAAAGAUGACUUCCACAACCGAUCAGCCUUGAGCAGUAAGGCCUCGCCUCCCCCACUAGAUGGGGAAGUUUGAGAGAAGUCCCACCCCUACCUGCCCCCACUCUCCUGCAGAGGAUGAAGAAGAAACUGAUGGGGAUAACACCAUUGUAGGCGGUUAAAGAACUGUGUGUUGAAUGCACUCUUGAUUUUAACCUCCUAAAAUAGCUCCUCUCUACCACCUUUGGUUUAUUGACAAACCAGAAUUAUCAUUUUUAUCUUCAACUUACCAACAUCCCAUGUUGUAUUAAGUGUGUGGUGCCACUUGGAGGAUCAUCCUGACCCAGCCAAUGAGAGCAGGACUCACUCUGGGGCUGUGAGUGGAGUACCCAGAAUUCUCAGUGAGAUCCCAUGAAACUGAGUUAGUAGCGCCUGACUGUUGGUGUGGAGAUGAUACCUGCCUUGAGAUGGGGGAGCUACCCUCAAUUCUGACUGUAGAGCGAGUCAGUUCUGUUGUGGAGAUGUUGGUGCCCAGCACGUAAUUGCCAACUUAGGGAAAGAGCAAGCGAGUGUGCUAUCCCGAUUGCUGGGACUCAGGACGAGGGGGGAAAGAGCAGCUAUUUAUUAACUCUAGAAGUGAAAAGCCUUAAGCACACAGAAGUGGGUGUACUUCGGGGCUUGGAGGAUAACAUUUUCCUUUAGGUAUUGUUGAACAAAGAAGAAAAAAAUGUCAGAGUGUAAUGCAGCCAUGGAUGUUGGGUUCAGUUGCUUUGUUUGCCAGUGUGGCAGCCCAGUGUUUGAACGCUACUGACAAACUCGGCACAGCUCCUUCCCCCGCAACAAACUGAACAGAAAAUUGAUUUUUAAGGAAACCAACAUCUUCAGGUUUCCUCUCCUGGGACAUUCUGGCUGGCCUUCAGCCUGCCUGUGACACAAUCGUGAACUUGUCACAUAUUUUCUACUCAGAAUUUCCCAAGUGGGCUCAGUUAGUGUUUUAACAAAUGUACUUUUAAGGACUUAAACCUAGAGAUACUGGUUAGAGAUUAAGAUUUGAGUAACAGUCAACCAGAGAACUUUUUUUUCUUUUCUUUUAUGCAUACAUAAUUCUUUCCUGUGAAGGACAGCCAUCAUUUACAUCUUAGAGACAUUUUGAAUGACUUUGUCUCCAUAUUCUAGAGAGUUCCAGAUGUGUUUAAAACAGUACAUGGGACAGAUUUUCACAACAUAAAAGCUGAUAUUACUUAAGGCCAUUAUUAAGGAUUUCAGUAUUUCACCAAGCUGAGUUGAGUGCAGGAGACCUGGGGCAGGAGGGGCGGGGAGAGGAGGACAGAAACGGUUUGAGACCUGUCACACCUGAGGGUUUUUAUUUGUUUGCUGGCCUUUAGUUUAGUUCUUUUUGCUUAUGUAUCUAACUCUCAUUACUGCAUCAUCUCCUUUAGGAUAGACUGAUUUCAGAGCAGAGCUGGAGGCCAGGUGAAGCAUUGGACUUCAGGGUAUUCCCCUCCUUUGCUCCAGCAGGCCCUUGUGCUGCCCACAGGCCUGUGCACAUCUCCUCUGCAUGCGCAGGUACGCAGGGCCUGCAUCGGGCUCCAGAGUGAGGACAGGAAUAGAUAGGAUAGAGGUGGGCUGCCUGUGUGGCCUCACUUCGUAUUUUAACAUUGUGACGUUUCAUUUUUAUCGUUUUUACUAUUUUUGUAACAUGAAUUUGGACAUCAUCUGAGCUAGAAACCUAAUCCUGUCCUUUCUCCCAGUGCCUGCUUCCUGUUCUGGCCGACCCGGAGGACGUCUGUUCAGUUUUGGUCCUUCUGGUACAGGCUCACUUCUGGUAUCAGUCUGAAACAUGAUAUGGGAGUCGCUUUGUGCGCACAAGCCAGGCCUGCCUCAUAGUUCUCUUGAGGAGUAGGGUACUGGGUGCCUGCUAAUGUCUUCAGAUGCCUGAUGCUUCGCCACUUACUAAUAUUUUGAUAAAGCAAGAGACAUGUUACUGAACUAUACAUUCAGUUAAUCUUUCCUAAUGCCAGAAGACUAAGCUAAACUCUGGCAAUACUAAUACUUGCUAGUGUAUGUUUUCGCCAUUUUUGUUUUCUUUGGGGGAAAACAAGCUGGAUUGCACUGGAAGCUUCUCUGUGUUCAUUUUCCAGAGUGAAAACAGAAGGGUGAUCAUUUUAAGUUGUGUUUACACUUUGAUGAUAGUUGAAAAUGAAUGUAUAUAUUGGAAAUGUCUGUAAGUCUGCCUCUGCCUGUAACUUUUGACCUCUUAUAUUGCGUUUCUUAAAUAUAGUGUUCUUACUGUAACUUUAUUAACACUCCGUGCUUGGAUUAGCAUUCAUCUGACAGUUACAGAUCAAAUUAAUAUUCCUUACAUCAUUUAGUUUAUAGUUCAGUCAUUUUAAUUUUUAAGUUAAAUUAUUACAAUUUUAGAACAAAAUGAAUUCUUUUAAUGUUGCUACUUAAAACUAGUAAGAUCAUAAAAGGCUCUUGAUUGCACUGUUCAUCCAAGGGUAAAAGACGGACUGGUUGAUCCAGUAUGGAAACAAAGUGAAGGACCUCAGACCUUGCGAGCAUUUUUAUUUCUUGUUAGUUCCUUUACUCACUGUGGUGCAUGAUAAUAAUUAAGUUUCCAACGUCUUGCACAAUGCUUUCUUUAAUGCUGUGGUUUUCAGGGUUUAUACAAUUUAAGAGAAUUGUUGCUUCGUGGACUUUAAGGAUUUUGGACAGUUUUUAAGCUAUCAACAAAUGAACAGAAGGGGUUGUCUGCAUAUUGUGAGCUAUACUCUAGUGAAGGCUGGUAGGUCCCCACCAGAAACCAAAAGUGUUUAGGUGCAAGUUAUGUUCGUCAGUGGGGGUGGGGCCCUGCCAUAGGUGGAGAGCACUGUGGGAGUAGAUUCUGGGUCACCUCUUUUAAAGCAACUUAUCCUUAUGUAAUCAUUUCUUUCUCCUCCCCAGCAUCAGGAGGGUCCUGUUAGAGCAGAAACCAUGUUCUAUCUACUUUAGUACUCACUCUAUCGAAGCCUGUCAUUACUGUCAUGACAGCAGAGCCCUUCCGAAGCCAUCUGCUAUCCUUUUGCUGGGGUUGAAAUGGAUUUCCCACUCCCCACCUCCUGUAGACUUUUAAAAUGUCGUAAUAGUUUAUGAUCACACUAUGAAAGGAGCUAAUGCCAAAUUCAGCUUGCAAGAGGCCCAUCAUAGGACUACCCACCUUGUGUUCCUUUAUUUUAGGAAACAAAGUAACAGAGGGGCUAGUACUCCCGGUAGUGUUUACCCUGAGAUCUUAAAUACCUUAGGCCUAAGCUACAAGAAUGUUCACAAGUCAGAUUUAGCACCUGGGCCUCUGUGGCUUGUGCUGCGGCUGCUGAAGAAUCCUCUUUAGGAUCUUUGUUCGAUAGGAUUAACUUGUACCUGAAAAGUAUAUAAGAAGAAAAUGAUUGCAUUUAUCCAGCUAUUCUAAGUCAAUAAACAUGAGAGGCUAGAAAAAUUUGAGGAGGACCAUCAGCAUUUGUCAAGGCUAUUUAAGAUGAUUCUGGAGGAUGGAGGGCAAGUGAUUCUAAAAGAAACUUCUAUACAUUGGAUGCAUAUUGCCCUUUCAUAUACUGGGAUGGUUAAGAAUUUCCAAAUUCCAUCUGAGUAACUAAAGCCUCUUCGCACAGGGCUGGUGAUAAGGAACAUCUCACUUAGAGGGACAGGCAUUAGGAGGGUUCGUGUCACUUGCUUCAAUGCUAAGAUCCUAGCUCUACCUAGGUAAAAGGGUAAUAAAGAAAGGAUGGGCACAUGUUUUCUUAGGUACUUUGAGUCAGGGCUCCGCCUGCGUCUAGCUCGAAAACAGAACUCGCGGAGGUGAGGGCAAACGUAAAGCAUCCAUACUUUCUUCCAAAACUGUUCUCACUGCGAAAGGACAAGGGGAGGGGUGAGUCUCAAGAUGGCAUCACAGGAAGCCUGUUUCAUCACCGUUCAGUCCUGAAAGUCAGACCUGAGUGUACUGGCCGGCUUUGUUUGCCUUUGUCCCGCAGAGUUAAAGUCCCAUGAAAUUUGGCCCUGAUCCAAAACACUGCGGGCGAGGGAGAAUAUAACCAAAGAAAACCCAUAUUAAUACCUUGAAGGAUAACAUUGAAGAAGCUGGAGUGAUCAGUUAGAGGGAAAGAAAAAAGCCUGCACAGUAAACUGCCCCCCUGGAGAGUAACUCGAGCCCCUCACGCAAAUGCACGGUGUCUUCUGGAAUGUUGGUUACCUAAACUUCCCAUCUGUAAGCACCUGAAUCUGGAUCCUCAGAGUAGUGGGCAGAAGAAGGUCUCUGCUUCCCUGCCCCUGCCCAGCCCCUACUCCCCACCCCCAAGACCAUUAGGGAUCCAGUAAUGUGCAAGACAAUGUGCAAGCAGUAAGAGAAGAAGCCACAAAUUCUCGGUUCUGUGCAUGCCACUUGUGUAGGUGUCAGAGCUGUGUGUGUGAAUAUAUCCCCACCUGACACACACAUAUAUACCUUAAGCACAUGGCACAAAAAUAUACUCUCUGUGGACUGCAGUGUUGUUAGUUAGGACCCUGGGCUGUAACAGUGGCAUUGGUGCCACUUUUUAUGUUGCGUAUACAUUGAAUGGCUCAUAGAGAUUUUUUUAAAUGUAAGUAUCCUACUAAAUGCACUUAUGCUUCUAAAUGUUUAUAUAUUUUGGUAAAAUUGAUUUACUAGAUCUUUAGUAUUGUAUUUUAGUAAGGUAAAUUUUCCUCAGAUGUUUGAUUAAUGCUUUGAUGUCAAGAUUGCACAUUUUUUUAGUUAGAACUCAGAAGAUAUUAUGCAGCUUUGGGCAUUUUCAACUGCAGGAUGCCCGCAGUUUUCUUGACUAAAUUGCACUGUGUGUUCUCGUGUAUCAGCUCUCACCUCAGUAGCCAUGAUACUUCUCUUGCUGACUACUCCUCUCUGGUGGCAGUAUUUCUGUUGUGUGACCACUAUGUACUUCCUAAGCCAUCUGCUUGUAAUGGCAUUUUGGUUGCCACCAAAAAUACCACAAUGUGUCCUGAGUAUAUGCUGGUGGAAGCUGCGUACAUCAUUUCCUUCGGCUGGUUUAUCACGCACACACGUUUCUUGUUAAAGAUUUAAGCACUCAGUCAUGAAAUAACAAUUGACCAGAAAUACCCUAAAUUGCCUUUACAAAAAAAAAAAAAAAAAAAAGCAGGAAGUGAUGGUCAAGCCAGAUAACUCUUUCCAACAACAUCAGGUUCAGUGAGUAACAAACAGCUCUCAGCGUGCAUACGUGGACUCUCAGUAUUACUUCAUGGCAUAACUACUGCUUUUGUAUUUUUUAAUGAUGUUUUGAUGAAACCACUUCUAAGUCUGCUAUAGAUUACUGACAAAACCAGGCAGCUGAAAACGACAAGGGGAAAUAAAGUUCUGUUCUAGUGUAAGACUUGAUUUAUGUUCAUCUUUCCUUAUAUACUGCUAAAAGGGUUUGAAAAGCAUUAAAGUCUGAUAAGUAUGCAUAACAUAGGACCUGAACCUUUUAAUUUGUACAUUUUGCUGUCUGGUCAUUUGCAUGGGAGAAACAGUAGUGCCACAUCCGAUUUGUUCUCUGGCGCUUGAUUAGUGUGUGCUGUUUCCAAUGGCAUUCUUUACAUUUCAGUUUUCAGAGGCAUUCAAAGCAAACUAUACCGUCAGUGGACCGUUGUUUUCUGACCAUCUAAAAACACCUGUGAUUAAACUUAACUUGUUAGUGUAAAUAAAUCUCUUGCCAAUGAGUAUUAUUGUUGUUAGAUAAUGAAUGCAAUAAAGGAAAUACAGAAGUCUCA